AUGUCAGCGGAUACUAAGCCAGCUGGAAGAACCAUUUUAGCUUCAACAAUUGCUAAGGAAUUUGUCGAUGAGAUUACUGCUCAACUUACAGAAUUAAAAUUCAAACCUAAGUUAGUAGGUUUUUUAGCUAACGAUGAUCCGGCAGCGCAAAUGUAUGCUAAUUGGACAGGUAAGACAUGCGAAGGAUUAGGUUUUGAGUAUGAAUUAAUCCAAGUAGAUAAGAACGACUUGGAAAGUUCGUUAAUUAAGGCUAAUAAAGAUGACAAUGUGAAUGGUAUAAUGGUCUAUUUCCCGGUAUUUGGGGACAAUCAGGACCAAUAUUUACAACAGUUAAUUUCCACUGAAAAGGAUGUGGAAGGAUUGAACUUCAUGUACUACCAUAACUUAUACCACAAUGUCAGAUUUUUAGAUGCUCCAUAUAACGAGCAAAAGUGCAUCUUACCAUGCACACCAUUGGCCAUGGUCAAAAUCUUGGAAUAUUUGGGUGUGUAUAACAAGAUCUUGCACUACGGUAACAGGCUCUAUGGGAAGAAGAUCAUGGUUGUGAACAGAUCCGAGAUUGUUGGUCGUCCUCUUGCAGCUCUCUUAGCCAAUGAUGGGGCCACCGUUUAUUCUGUGGACAUAAACAAUAUACAGCAAUACAGUAGAGGUGACGAUUUGCUGGAAAAAAGACACAAGGCCGUCCAAUUGGAUUCUACCCACACAGUAGAAUCGUUGGCUCCUACCUGUGAUGUCAUUAUUACCGGGGUUCCAUCAGACUCCUACAAGUUCCCCAUUGAAUACAUUACUAACGGUUCCGUGGUUAUUAACUUUUCGAGUUCUAAGAAUUUCCCUGAUGAAGUAAAGCAAAAGGCUGGCUUAUACGUUCCUUCGAUUGGGAAGGUCACAAUUGCCAUGCUUUUAAGAAACUUGUUGAGAUUAAUCAAGAACAAGAACCAUAGGAUAUCCAAAGGCGAACAGCAAGCCUAA